AUGAAGAGAAAACAUACUCCAAAUGAAAUGCAAAACAUUACUAGCUUCUUUGCUAAAAAGAAUCCUACUCCAACUUCUCUUCCACAUCCAACACAAAAUGAACAAACUAUAACUCCACCUCAAGAAAGUGAGCAACUUUCAUCUCCAUCUCAUUAUUCAACUCAAAAUUCCCCUCAAAAUGAACAAGGCCAAUGUUCUCCUAAUGCCCCAAUCUUUGGAGAAAGAUUAAGUGAACAUGAAUUUGCUAAUCUUCCACAAGAUCCAGGAAAGAGGAGAAAAAUGAGUCAAUUUCAUAAAGAUGAUAGAGAUUUAGUGAGAAGAAUUUACAUUCAAAGAAAGCCUUGUCAGCCCAAAGACUUUACAUUUCCUCAAACUUCUAUUUUUGGCAAAAAUCGUCGCUUUUGUGCUAAGUGGUUUGAUACUUGGACUUGGCUUGAGUAUAGUGUGGAAAAGGAUGCUGCCUAUUGUUUCUCUUGUUAUCUAUUCAAGGAUGAAAAUGCCUUUGGAGGUGAUGCUUUUAAACAAAAUUCAAGCAUCACACAAGCCUUAACAAAACAAACCGCUGAGAGUACAAAUGCAUAUAGGACGCGACUUGAAGCUUCAAUUGAAUCUAUCCAAUGGCUUUUACUCCAAGGGUUGCCUUUCCGUGGUCAUGAUGAAAAAGAAAGUUCCUUAAGAAGAGGUAACUUUCUUUCACUUUUAUCCCUUAUUUCCAAAGGUAAUCCUGAAUAUUCUAAAGUUGUUUUCAAAAAUGCUCCUAGUAAUUGUCAACUUACUUCUCCUAAAGUCCAAAAAGAUAUCAUAAAUGCAUGUGCAAAAGAGACCACUAAAGCAAUGCUUGAAGAUAUUGAUGGUGGUUUAUUUUCUAUCCUUGCUGAUGAGUCCGCUGAUGUUUCUGACAAGGAACAAUUGGCUCUUUGUUUGAGAUAUGUUAAUAGAAAGGGAGAAGUGUGUGAGCGUUUACUUGGUAUUGUGCAUGUUGUAAACACUGCUUCUUUGACUCUCAAAACUGCUAUUGAAUCCUUAUUAAUGGAGCAUUCUUUGUCUUUCUCUCAAGUACGGGGUCAGGGUUAUGAUGGGGCAAGUAAUAUGCAAGGUUCUAUUAAUGGCCUUAGGACUCUUAUAGAGAAUGAGUGUAAAGAAGCUUAUUUUGUCCACUGCUUUGCUCACCAACUUCAAUUAACUCAAGUUGCACUUGCUAAAAAGAAUUCAGAUUGUGCUUGGUUAUUUGUUGAUGUACUUGCACCUCUCUUGAAUUUUGUGGGGGGUUCACCAAAAAGGAAAGAGUUUCUUCGUGAAAAUCAAGCUCAAAGAGUGGUGGAUGCAUUGUCUCUAGGUGAACUUGAAACGGGUUCAGGUUUAAAUCAAGAACGUGGAUUAGGUAGACCUUGUGAUACUCGUUGGGGAUCUCACUUCAAGACAAUCUUGAAUGUACUUGAUUUAUUCCCUGUAAUCCUUGGUUCUCUUGAGGAUAUUGCAAAAGUAUCUGAUACAAUAGAUUCUAAUAGAGCUCAAACACUUACAAAUCUUCUGAUGUCCUUUGAUUUUGUGUUCGUGGCACACUUGAUGGUUAGUAUAUUUGCGAUAACAAAUGCUUUGAAUGUGGCCUUACAAAAGCACGAUCAAGACAUUGUGAAUGCAAUGGCCAUGGUUAAUGUAACCAAGACUAAUUUGCAAAAAAUGAGAGAUGAAGGAUGGGAUUCUCAUAGGGAAAAGGUAAUUUCUUUUAUUGGUGACUAUGACAUUGCAGUUCCAGAUAUGGAGGCUAAAUAUGUUGUUCCCGGGAGGAGGUUGUUUAGACGUAAAUGCCCACAAGUGUCUAAUCUACAUCAUUUUCGAGUUGAAGUUUUUUUUGGUGUCAUUGAUCUUCAAUUGCAAGAACUUGAAAAUCGAUUUCCCGAAAUAACUAAAGAACUACUUGUGUGUAUGUCUUGUUUGAGUCCUGUGGAUCGUUUUUCUAAGUUUGAUAAGGAAAAAUUGAUUAAGCUUGCAAAAUUCUAUCCUAAUGAAUUUCCAAGUUCAGAAUUGAUAGUCUUUGGUCAUACACUUGAUAGUUACAUUUGUUCUGUUAGAGGAGAUGAAAGGUUUUGGAAUUUGAAGGGUCUUAGUGAUCUUUCAAUCAAAUUGGUUGAAACGGGAUUGUCUGAAACUCAUGAUAGGGUCUAUUUACUUUUGAAGUUGGUGUUGCUUCUUCCUGUCGCAACGGCAAGUGUGGAAAGGGUAUUUUAUGGCAUGAAGCAAGUGAAAGACAAACUACGAAAUAGCAUGGGAGAUCAAAUGUUGAAUGAUUGUCCAGCAAAGGAUAGGUCAAUCUAUGUUACCUUUUCAAAUGGACAUCCCCUCACUGAAAUGCAGCUUUACAAUUUUUUCAACUGGAAACUUGGAUUAUCUGUAGAAAAAUUAUACAUGCACUACGAUCAUGUUCGUAAGUCUCCCCAAUUUGGUAAGGUAUUGUUUUAUCGACGUUCAUCUGUAUGGAUAGUUUUGCAAAAUAAGGAGGAGAUGCAAUAUUUCGUUGAUCGGAAGAGUCUUUGGUGCAAGAAGUGUAGAGAAAAGAUGGAUGACAAUGUUUCUAUGUGA